AUGCUCCCUCUCGGAUUGCUCAACGCGGCCCAGGGCCACCCCAUGCUGGUCGAACUCAAGAACGGAGAGACUCUAAAUGGUCACCUGGUCAUGUGCGAUACGUGGAUGAACCUCACCCUGAAAGAGGUUGUGCAGACAAGCCCGGAAGGAGAUAAAUUCAUGCGCCUCCCAGAAGUCUACGUCAAAGGAAACAAUAUCAAAUACCUUCGCGUCCCCGACGAAAUCAUCGACCAGGUCACCGAGCAGCAGAAAGGCCAGCAGGGCGGCUUCCGUGGCGGUCGCGGCGGCCACCAGUCAAGAGGCGAUCACGGCGGCCGUGGAGGCGGCGACAGGGGAAGAGGGGGCCGUGGCGGAGGCAGAGGAGGCCGUGGAAGGGGACGUGGCCAGUAG